AUUGGCCAGUCGCCAUCACCAGUUUGCCGUGUUCUAGCGUAGCGUACCGUGUAAUUUUCGUUAGAACUUUGAUAGAAACGUCAAAGUUUUGUUUUUCGGUUUUAGAGAAAGCUAUUUUACAAAUUCUACAGCAAUGCAAUCCACACUACGCAGAACUGUGACAGCUGUGGCCAAGACACCACUGCGAACUAAUGCAGCCAUUUUGGGGGCAUUUAAUUCCCGCUGCUACUCGGCCACACAUGAGGCGGACAUUGUGGUCAUUGGCUCUGGACCCGGUGGCUAUGUUGCUGCCAUCAAAGCGGCCCAGAUGGGCAUGAAGACGGUCAGCGUGGAGAAGGAGCCCACUCUCGGUGGCACCUGCCUGAAUGUUGGCUGCAUUCCAUCGAAGGCUUUGCUAAACAAUUCACACUAUUACCACAUGGCGCACUCCGGAGACUUGGCCAGUCGAGGCAUCAACUGUGGCAGCGUCACGCUUGAUCUUGAGAAGCUGAUGGGACAGAAGACAAAUGCUGUUAAAGCUCUAACCGGAGGCAUUGCAAUGCUGUUCAAGAAGAACAAAGUUACACAACUCACGGGCUUUGGCAGCAUCGUCAGCCCCAAUGAAGUGAAGGUGGCCAAGAGCGACGGCACAACGGACACCGUUAAGACCAAGAACAUAUUGAUCGCCACUGGAUCGGAGGUUACUCCCUUCCCUGGCAUUACUAUCGAUGAGGAGGUCAUUGUGAGCAGCACGGGCGCUUUGAAGCUGCCCCAGGUGCCCAAGCGCAUGGUUGUGAUUGGCGCUGGUGUGAUUGGUCUGGAGCUGGGCUCUGUUUGGUCGCGUCUGGGCGCUGAGGUUACUGCCAUUGAGUUCAUGGACACCAUCGGUGGGGUUGGCAUCGAUAACGAGGUGUCCAAGACCUUCCAGAAGGUGCUCGUUAAGCAGGGACUCAAAUUUAAGCUUGGUACCAAAGUAAUGGGCGCCACUCGAAACGGCAACACUGUCAGCGUCUCCGUGGAGAACGCCAAAUCGGGUGAAAAGGAGCAGAUCGAAUGCGACACGUUGUUGGUGUGUGUGGGACGCCGGCCCUACACUGAGGGGCUUGGAUUGGAGGCUGUAGGUAUUGUGAAGGACGAUCGUGGUCGCAUUCCCGUCAAUGCCAAGUUCCAGACGGUGGUACCGAGCAUCUACGCCAUCGGAGAUUGCAUUCACGGCCCAAUGUUGGCCCACAAGGCCGAGGAUGAGGGCCUAAUCACCAUCGAGGGCAUUCAGGGUGGACCAGUGCACAUUGAUUACAACUGCGUACCCAGCGUGGUGUACACACAUCCCGAGGUGGCGUGGGUGGGCAAAUCUGAGGAGGCGCUCAAGCAGGAGGGCGUUGCCUAUAAAAUUGGCAAGUUCCCCUUCCUGGCGAAUUCGCGUGCGAAGACGAACAAUGAGACCGAUGGCUUCGUCAAGGUGCUCGCCGAUAAGGCAACGGACCGCGUUCUGGGCACCCAUAUCAUUGGCCCGGGUGCCGGCGAGCUGAUCAAUGAGGCCGUACUGGCCAUGGAGUAUGGCGCUUCCGCGGAAGAUAUUGCCCGUGUCUGUCACGCACAUCCAACUUGCGCUGAAGCUUUACGCGAGGCAAAUGUUGCGGCCGCUUUUGGAAAGCCAAUCAACUUUUAAUGAGAACCCCAUUUUAGUGUACUGAUUUGAAAUUGGAAAUGCUAAUAUCUCCGCUUAUAUGAAAUUCUCAAUGUGCAACUGUAACGAAACAUGUCCGAUCAAUAUAUAUUGCCAAUUGCAAUGCAAUGUA